UUAAGCAGUUAAGCUACAUGCAUGCUCUUAGUUAAACAACUGUUGGGCUCUGAUGAAACUGCAAACUCUCAAAAGCCUUGUUUGUGAAGCCCAAAACGACACAAGCGUUGCGUUUUGCAGCACAGCGCUCUCUAGUAGCAGUGGAUGAGACGAGAACGAACUAACCAGCGAGAGGAAAAAAACGAGUGUCAUCGGAUACUUCGCUACAGAGUGUAAUGUUUGAAAUUUUGGGGUAGUUGAGCUGUUUGACAAAAUGAACACCGCACAAGUCACUGCUUGCCAUCCUGGUAUUUGUGUCAAAAGUAUAUCUCAAGUGCACAGGCUUCAUUCUAAACUGUGCAUUUUACCAAAGCGUUUUGAUCCUUGCUCUCGCGUUAAACUCGGCCUAAGACCAAGACAAUCACUUGGCUUGAAAUGGCGGCCCAUUUCACAAUCUCAGAAACCUCUUCAUAUUUGCUUAGCCGGUGGAAAAGGGAUGAUGGGAAAUGACGAAGAGAAUUCCCCAUGGAAAUCUAUUGAGCAAGCUAUAGGAAAGUUUAAGGGACAAUCAAUAGAAGAUGUUUUACGGCGGCAAAUUGAAAAGGGUGAAUAUUAUGAUGGUGGUGGCAGUGGAGUGAAACCACCAGGAGGAGGUGGAAACAGUGGUAGUGGCGGUGGCAGUCCUGAUGGCUCCGGUGAAUCAGAAGAGGAAAGCCCUGCUGCAAUGUGGGAAGAAAAUCUCCAAGUGGUUUUAGCAACCCUUGGCUUUAUAUUUCUGUACAUUUAUAUCCUCACCGGUGAGGAACUCACAAAGCUAGCCAGAGAUUAUAUCAAGUAUCUAUUUAGCGGAAGUCAGACUGUUCGAUUGAAGAAUGCCUUGUAUGAAAUGGGACUAAUCUACGAAAGCAUGACGGCGGAGAAAGAAGAGCAAGAAGAGUUUUGGUUGGAGAAGGCCAUUCUGGGUACUCCAACUUGGUUUCACAACCCUGCUGAUUACCGUGAACCCCUUAAAAAUUACUUGCUAUCAGGUUCGAGUGACGCCAUUGCUGCCAGGAAUUACUUGGAAUUAGAUUCAGAUGAAGCCGUUAGGUAUUGCUUGGAAUCAGAUGAUGAAGAAGACAAUGAAUAUGUAGAUGAAGACGAAGACGAAGAUGAGGAAAAAUAUGAAGAUGAAGAUAAAUACGAUGAUGAAGAUAACUUUUGAUAGACUCCUUAGCACAAUUUGGAUGGCAGGAGAGGAUCCAAAUUCCUCCUUAGCAUACUCUAUUGUUCUCUUUCAUCUAUUUUCCCCUGAAGUGUAAUGAAGCUUUUUAUACGUUGUAUCAUCCUGCUUUUAUGUAUUGCCCUUUCUUGCGUUUGUUUUACCCUCAAUACUAAUGGAGUCAGGACAGGAAUUAGCUUUUAUAUGAACUGGAGUCCAUUUAUUUGCA